AUGAUCUUCUCCAUUCUUCUCUCGGCUUGUUUCGCCCUAUCAGCUUGGGGGACUCCUUGUGCCACAGAAGACUGUGAGGACUUGGAACUCUUGACCGUGAAGUCCCAAAAACCCGAGCUUGAGCGCCCUCGCCGUCGCCCUUUUCACCGUGGUGACGAGGACGAUUUGAGCUAUUUGGUUUUUCCGGUACAAGGCGAUCAUGCUUGGAAUAUCAUCAACAGGAAACGCCACAAGGUCACGGUGACUGCACGCGGUGGUGGGACUCGAGCGAUGGCUGGAACUAUUGGACAUGAACUUGUUGGAUGA